AUGGGGGAGGGGGGGUCCCAGGGGUGCAGAGGGGUCCCUGGGGAACAGGGGGUCUCAGGGGUUCAGGGGGGGUCCCAGGGGUGCAGGGGGGUCCCAGGGGGUGCUGGGGGCUCCCAAGGCUUCAGGGGGUUCCCAGGGGUGCAGAGGGGUCCCAAGGGUGCCGGGGGCUCCCAAGGCUUCAGGGGGGCUCCCAAGGCUUCAGGGGGGUUCCCAGGGGUGCCAGGGGGUCCCAAGGGUGCCAGGGGCUCCUAA